GUCUCGCGCGCGGUCGUCCCGCCAUCUUGUCGGCGCGAGGGGCCGUGAAGCGCGCGCGCUUAAAAACAACAAUAAACAACAAACAAUAAAUAAACAAUUAACAACAACAGAUUAAGAUUAAACAAUAACAAUCAAUACGAUACUUCGACUGUUACAAUUGUAGUUUAUAUUCACAAUUUUUUUUUUACCUCAGAAAAGCCACACUAAAUUAACACAACAUAUUGCAAUAGGAUUAUUGCCUGAGGGCUAAACAUUUUUUCUUGAAAUUGUAAAAAAAAACCCGGCAAAAGAAUAUAAUUUUACUGCGGUAAACAUAUAAAUAUUGUGCCCUGUUAAUAAAUUAGCGGGAGUGCAGAGGGGAGGCGCCUCCUCCCCGCCCCGCGUCCUCGUCCUCAUCAUCAUCGUCGUCGUCUCCUCCUUCGUCGUCUUCGUCGCCUCUGGACGGAGGCUGCAGGAGGGCGAAUGGGGAACGCGGCGGCGACCAAGAAAGGGGGCGAGGCGGAGAGCGUGAAAGAGUUCCUGGCGAAGGCGAAGGAAGAUUUUAUGCGAAAAUGGGAAAACCCACAGCAGAACACGUCGUGCCUGGAGGACUUUGAGCGAAUAAAGACGCUUGGCACAGGCUCGUUCGGCCGCGUCAUGCUCGUCAAGCACAAGUCCAGCGACCAGUUUUUCGCCAUGAAGAUCCUCGACAAACAGAAGGUGGUCAAGUUAAAACAAGUGGAACACACGCUCAAUGAGAAACGCAUCCUGCAGGCCAUCAGCUUCCCUUUCCUCGUGCGCCUCGAAUACAGCUUCAAGGACAAUUCCAACCUCUACAUGGUGCUGGAGUACGUGCCCGGUGGAGAGAUGUUCUCACAUCUGCGCAGGAUCGGCCGCUUCAGUGAGCCCCACUCACGGUUCUACGCGGCACAAAUCGUGUUGGCGUUUGAGUACCUGCACUCGUUGGACCUCAUCUACCGGGACCUCAAGCCUGAGAACCUCCUUAUUGACCAGCAAGGAUACAUCCAGGUGACAGACUUUGGGUUUGCUAAGCGCGUGAAGGGGCGAACCUGGACUCUGUGUGGAACACCAGAGUAUCUGGCUCCCGAGAUCAUCCUCAGCAAGGGCUACAACAAAGCGGUUGACUGGUGGGCGCUGGGCGUGCUCAUCUACGAGAUGGCAGCUGGGUACCCGCCAUUCUUCGCCGACCAACCCAUCCAGAUCUACGAGAAGAUCGUCUCUGGGAAGGUGCGGUUCCCUUCUCACUUCAGCUCGGACCUCAAGGACCUGCUGAGGAACCUGCUCCAAGUGGACCUCACCAAGCGAUUCGGAAACCUCAAGAACGGCGUCAACGACAUCAAGAACCACAAGUGGUUCUCCACCACCGACUGGAUCGCAAUUUACCAGCGCAAGGUCGAGGCUCCCUUCAUUCCCAAGUGCAAGGGCCCAGGCGACGCCAGCAAUUUCGACGACUACGAGGAGGAGGAAAUCCGCAUCUCGUCCACUGAGAAGUGCGCCAAGGAGUUUGCCGACUUCUGAACACCGCCUGCGCCUCGCCUCCUCCCUCCUCGCUCUCCCGGUCCAGCGUCGCCCACUGCGUGUCCACCCUGUCCGUCCGUCCGACCGUCCGCGUGUUGAAAAGGCAGACGGGGUCGCCCCCUCCUCCCACCCUCACACCAAGACACAUGUACAUGUCAACCCAUAACCACCACAACUGCCACUCACGUACACACGACGUUUCCACCCUCACUCCCACCACUCUUGAGACACGUGUACACUUGGCCGAGCCCACCUCGACACAUGUACACACGAGAUCCCUCUUGCUGCAGCGACAAGCGACACGUGUACACACAACCUUCCAACUAAGAAGCAUGUGUACACACGAUCCCACCCACAACAACUACGUGCAUGCUCACAACCCCAGCCAUCAACACACGUACAUACAGCACGUGCCCUGCCAUCAACACACAUGAUCCGUCUAUCCCUGCCCCCCUACCAUUCCCCAUUCUUGGCAUGUGCACGCACAACCUCCCACGAACAGCACUUACACAUACGGUCCCCUCCUUACCAACACACGUGUACACACGACCCCUUGAAUCUUCCCUCAGCCUUGCUCCACCGCCCUUCCUGGGUGGCAUAUUUUGGGUGUUGCGUGCACCUCCACGUCACCCGAGGGUUGACCCUAACCCAUGGACCUCCUCCUCCUCUCCCCAUGGAUAUGCUGCUGCCUGCUCGCCGCAUCAACAGUGCCCCGCUUCCUAACUGCUGUCACACUGUAUAUACCUGGUCCCGAGCGCUUCUCACGGCUCUGCUGCUCUCUCCCGCCCCCUUCUUCACAUGCUGCGUAGAAACGGGGGUCCCCUCCCACUGCCUGCCCUCGGCCCUUUCCCUCCCUGCCCCCCCCUCCCACCAGCCCCUGCCACCUUCGUUUACCUCCAUCUGUCAGUGAUUCGGUCGUGGGCGUUGUCUGUUACAAUAAAAAAAGCCGGUAAUGUUAUUUUUACUUUUACUUAACGAGUGCCAAUAUUUUAAUCGGGACUCAUCCCGCACCUUCUCUUGGUUAGGGUGGAAGCGCGGUAUGGACAGUUAAUUAUGACUAAAGGCAAAGGAUUGAUAAUGAGAGUGAAGUUUUUUGUUGUCCCUGGAGUGUCUGAUUACUGUGAUUGAAUGGUCAGUUAGGGGAGCCGGAGUGUGUUUGCCAGCCCAAGCAAGAGCAGCGAUAGCAGUGGUACACAGCGCCAUUGACAUGUGGCUACUCGAAAGGUUGCGCAUCAAUUUACUCUAUCAUAGCGACUGCCUCGUGCGAGUGCUCCGGUAAAAGUGCAUUUAGAAAUAGCAGCCAUACCCCAAGAGCGGAGGUGGGGGGCCCUUUGUGCCACCCUUUUAACUCUGAGCUCAAACCCUGCCUCUGCAAAGCGUUGCCAGCACUUGGUCGUUUUGUCAGUGAAAUUUGAUUCGUAUUAAAGAAAAUGACAAGGCCAGGCUUCAGGUGACUGAAUAUUAAAACUUGUUUGGCACCAGUGCAGCAACAUUGCAAGGGAACUAACGUGUACUAGCCAUUGGGGAACCAUGUGUCAGUCUGUUGGGCUGAUGAAAUGAGAAUGUUGCCCACGCCAUGGUAAAGACAAUGCAGCCAUAUGUUUAUCACUAUAAAGGGUUGGGAGGUGGUUGGGUGGCCACAGAGUAUGUUUUAAAAUAUUAUUUGGCCAUCAAGCAGAAAUGUGUGAAGAUGAAAGAUUUAGCUAUCACUGCUAAAUUGAUCCCUGCAGGUUUGUUAACUGGGGAAAUGUAAACUUUAUGGUUUGGGUCUAACAAUAAGCAAGAAGGUUCCCAGUAUCUCACCGAGUCUGACGACACAAGGGGUUGUGUGUUCCGGCACGUGACCAAGGCUUAGGUGAGCGAUCUAACUCAACACAUCACCUAUUAGACUUAAACACGAAGCCUCCUCCAAAGCCAUGUCCAUAGGAAACACCUCUCCAUGCCCAAAUGAACAAUGUGGUGACACUCGUGUCUCUAGAUGGCCCUUAAAUUUCACAUUCCUAUUUUGGGGGUCAGUCACUCUUUGAGGUUUGGUUGUCUUCAGUUGGCGGUCGACAUUCGAAGUGGGCUGCGACCCUCAAAGAAAUGGCGCUGCCCCGUGGGCGCCCCCACCGUGAUCCGUGGAUCAACAUCACUCGACGCCGGUGUACGGCAGCUAGAGCAGAUGAUGCGAGCGCUGUCGCAAGAGGUCACACGUUUGGUGCAACAGUUCUUCGUUGACUAUGCGUGAUGAAUGAAUGUUGAUACUCAUUUUAUCGAAGCCAGAGGAGGAUGGUGAUGGGUUGAGUUGAUCCACCACCUCGAUAUGAACUGGUGAUUUUCUAAUUGUUGAUCACUUUGCAGAUGGUGUGCCACCCAGCCAGAUCCUACGCUAUGGCUCACCUUUUAAGUUAUAAUGAACUCGGACCAUUGCAGGUAACAUCCUGUAGACCUUUAGAUCCAUCCGUAGCUCUCACACCUAAACCCUAACCUCAACCUAUCAUUCUAAAGCAUGCCAGGGUCCACAGACUUGCUGCUGCUGAUUUUACAUAGCUGAGUGAGAGAAGUCGUAUGCUGUGGGAAGUGAGCCCUCUACAACUCGACCGUUGAACCCCAUUUGUCUGUUUUGUUUACGAGGGGCUGUGGAAGGUGUUGAGAACCAGAUAUAUAUAUAUAUGAGGAGCAUGCACAGAACCACACUGUUACAUUUGUCCAUGUAGCUGCCCCUGUUCAUGUAUUUACCCUGUAAUUGGUCUCUACAUAUCCAUGUUCAGACCCGUUGUCAAUCCACUGCUGGGUGAGUACCUCCCCACGCCUUGUGGGUCAUGGGGGGUUAUUUGGCUAAACCUCACCACGCUGGUUAGUCGUGUAGGUUGGAAGUCGUGGAGAAUAACCUUGGCAGGACAGUACAAUAAUGGAUUUUGUUGAACUGCCGUCUACUGCCCACCACGCACUCUUUAGCCUCUAACGCCUGUCCUGCAUGGUGGCUGCCCAUCCAAACACUAUCCAGUUUCAACCCCGCUUUAGCUUCAGUGAUCUGGCACCAUGAGGCGCAUUCUGGGUGAUUUGGUUGUAGGCCUUUUAUUGUGUUGCCCUGUAAUCGUUCGAAAGUUUAUUAAUUAUGUAGCUUUAAGCUAAACAUAAUUCUUGGUCGCAACUUUUCUACGUUGGUAAUGCGUCCUCAGAACAUAUUGACAGUCCCCUCGCACAUAUAUACAGUCCUGUAUAUAUACGGUGUAUAAUGUGUUGCUGUUCAAGCGACUGUACAUGGUGUAAUAAAAACAAAAUUGGUCAAA